AUGAGGGGUUUUGAAGGAAACGGAGGCAAGAGGCCCAAGCGAGUCAAGAAACCCAAGACACCAAAGGGACAGGCAUUUUCUGAACAGAACCAUCGAUCCAGUCAACAGUUCCGCAAUCCUCAUCACCAUAACCCACCUUCAGAUACUGGCCAUCCAACCCACCGAUUCCCAACCGAGGACCACAAUGAAACAAUUGGGAAUCAAAAUUUUGGUUCAAUGGAUGCAGAACCUGACGAGUUGCCUGAGGCUGCUGAUGACCUUCAGGUUCAACAAAUGAUGGAUUUUCUUGAAAGCCGCCAGUACAGGGAAAGGCGGGCCUUGGAGGAAAGAAACUGGGAGGAAGUCUACAAUCAAAUGUUCGUCUGGUUCUAUCAAUGUGCGGCCAAAACCUCGACAUGGGGAGAUCAAGCCAAGUGGGAUCAAGACUGGAAACCAAGGUGUAACUGUGGUCCAACUCGUACACGGCUGGUGGUUCUUGUUGACAUUCUCAGUUGA